GGAGGAGCGCGAUUUGCUCGUCAAGCUUACGGUGACAGUGGAGUGGAUAAUGAACCCGAAGUCACGAAACCGACUAAUGGACCGCAGCCAGACUCUUGCCCAGUAGGCCCUCCAGGUCCACCUGGAGCUCCGGGAGAGCCCGGAGCCGAUGGAGAUAGAGGACAAGACGGCAACCCUGGUGUUGAUGGUACCGGCUCCGCAACCAUAGACGCAUACACUCAAGAAUGCACCGUUUGUCCUGCUGGUCCCCCAGGACCACCUGGACCCGAUGGACAUCCAGGAAGCCCCGGCCCUGACGGAAAUCCCGGCACCGUUGGUGAAGCUGCACACGAUGGAACUCCAGGGGAACCAGGGCCUAGUGGAGAUCAAGGACAACCUGGGGAGCCCGGUGCUCCUGGUCAACCAGGGCAUCCCGGCCAAAACGGUAAGCGUGGGCAUGGACGUCCUGGAACACAUGGCUCGCCAGGACCUCAAGGCCCCGCUGGCCAACAAGGACCUCAAGGACCUGCAGGGAAAGAUGGCUCGCCAGGUCAACCCGGUCCUCCCGGCACUCCUGGCCAACACGGUGAUCAUGGAAAGGACGCCGCGUACUGUCCUUGUCCUCCUAGGACUCUGUAUCCUGAACCGCAGACUGACGCUCCAGUCUACAAUGAGGAGUCGGAAGAAGGUUAUCGGAAGCGUCAUUGA